CGCCCCAGCCCCGCCAUGGCGCGACGGGAAGCGGCGGCCGCGGGGGCGGCGCCGGCCUUUGCACCAGGAAGCGCUGAGAAGCGCCGCCGGCGCAGCAUGGCGGCCGCCGCCAGGAGGAAGAGCAGGGGCCGCCCGGCCGCGGGCGGCGGCGCUUCACCGGGCGCCGCGCCGGGCGGGCCGCUGGCGCUGGCCGUGGCGGACGCCGUGGACGCAGAAGAUGACAAAGUUCCAAAAAUGCUCCGGAGAGUCCUCGUACAGCUGUCGCUGAACAGUAUGAAAUCUGCAAAUAUAUGCAUAGGUCGUCCGGUCUUGCUUACCAGUGUAGAUGGACGACAAGAGGUCUGUACUGCUUGGCCCACUGCAGGCUUUCCAGGCGGGAAGGUUGGACUGAGCGAAACCACGCAGAAGAACCUGAAAGUAAAUCCCGGUGAUGCAGUCACUGUGCAGCCUGUGACUGGUGCAGUCCUCCAAGCAGAAGAAGUAGAUGUGAAACUGAGGGACAAGGAUGCCUCUAUUAAUGCUGAGGAAAUGUCUGUCUGUCUACUGAGAAACCUAGAUGGGAAAAUAGUUUUGCCAGGAAACCUCUUGGCUUUCACUUUCUAUGGCAAACUUUGUAACAUCGUGGUAAUGAAAGUGAAAGGAACUGAUGGUGCAGAGCUGACCACCGUGGGCAGUACCAUUUCCAGUGAAAGGCAUGAGCCAGACCUUGAAAAAUCUGAGUUGGAGACAAGUACACUAGAUUUGUCCUUACAGCUUAGCAAGAUGGACGUUGACGAUACUCUGGAGGUUGCAUCUCCGAGCACACCAAGCAAACUGAUGGCUCCAGGGUCACCAGUUACACCCGGUUCUGACCUGGUAGCCAAUGGUCAAGACUCUGGUCAGACAGAUAAACUUUGUAACAAGGAAAAUGUCACAGACCUCACUGAUGAUUUGGAGCUGUCUGGGAAAGGAGGCAGUGAGAGACUCCCACCGACUGACAAACCUGGAACGAUAAGCAAUGCAGAUGUUUUUUAUUUCAUUUCUUCAAGAACUAGAAUCAAUUUUAUUGAAACUAGGACCAGUGAGGCAGAAGAUGGCAGCUGUGAAUCUCAGGUUACCUAUGAGAUGAUAGGAGGUUUAAGCAGUCAGCUCAAAAUUAUUAGAGAAACAAUUGAACUGCCGAUGAAGCAACCUGAACUGUUCAAGAGUUACGGAAUCCCUCCUCCUAGAGGAGUGCUAUUAUAUGGCCCUCCAGGUACUGGGAAGACUAUGAUUGCCAAAGCCAUUGCAAAUGAGGUUGGCGCUCAUGUUACCAUUAUUAAUGGUCCUGAAAUAAUAAGCAAGUUUUAUGGAGAAUCUGAAUCAAGAUUACGUCAGAUAUUUGCUGAAGCUUCUUUGCGUCGCCCUUCCAUUAUAUUUAUAGAUGAGUUGGAUGCACUCUGUCCAAAGAGAGAAGGGGCUCAGAAUGAAGUUGAAAAGAGGGUUGUAGCUUCGUUGCUGACAUUAAUGGAUGGCAUUGGCUCCGAGGGCAGUGAAGGGCAGCUCUUGGUACUUGGGGCCACUAAUCGUCCUCAUGCACUGGAUGCAGCCCUGCGCAGACCUGGGCGUUUUGAUAAAGAAAUAGAAAUCGGGAUUCCUAAUGCACAGGACCGGCUGGACAUACUCCAAAAGCUUCUUAAGAAAGUUCCACAUUCACUGACAGCAGCAGAGUUGGCUCAACUGGCUGAUAGCGCGCAUGGAUACGUGGGUGCAGACUUAGCAGCUUUGUGCAAGGAAGCAGGUUUGUACGCACUGCGGAGAGCACUGGGAAAAAGAGCUAACCUACUAGAUAAUGAGGUGGCAGGGUCAGUGAUGAUUGCUUUCAAUGACUUCCUGCAGGGGAUGAAUGAUGUCAGGCCCAGCGCCAUGAGGGAGGUGGCAGUUGAUGUGCCAAAAGUGUCUUGGUCAGACAUAGGAGGACUAGAAGAUGUCAAGCUGAAAUUGAAACAGGCAGUUGAAUGGCCACUCAAGCAUCCCGAAUCCUUCAUCCGAAUGGGGAUUCAGCCACCAAAAGGUGUGCUGCUCUAUGGACCUCCUGGAUGCUCUAAAACAAUGAUAGCAAAAGCUUUGGCUCAUGAAAGUGGUCUCAACUUCUUGGCAGUGAAGGGACCUGAGCUGAUGAACAAAUAUGUUGGUGAGUCCGAACGAGCAGUGAGAGAGAUCUUUAGGAAAGCCAGAGCAGUGUCUCCUUCAAUUCUUUUCUUUGAUGAAAUAGACGCCCUGGCAGUUGAAAGGGGAAGCUCUUCAGGUGCUGGAAACGUAGCAGACCGUGUCUUGGCUCAGUUGUUAACAGAAAUGGAUGGGAUAGAACAGCUAAAGGACGUGACAAUUUUGGCAGCUACAAACAGGCCAGACAUGAUAGACAAGGCCUUGCUGAGACCAGGGAGAAUAGACAGAAUUAUCUAUGUGCCUUUGCCUGAUGCAGCCACUCGUGGGGAGAUCUUCAAACUUCAUUUUCAGUCCAUGCCGGUCAGUGAUGAAGUCUGCUUAGCAGAGCUUGUUCAGCUCACGCAGAAGUAUUCAGGAGCAGAGUAUACAGUCUACAUCUGUCAGACCUCAGUGUUCAACUUGGCUUUCUUCAUGUGUAUAUAUACUUUCCACUUGGAUAUACUGAGGAUUUCAGCUGGGUUUCUUAUGGAUGUAGCACGAGGCAUAUCUGCAUCAGCUCGGCCACGAGAGCUGCAGAGGGCUCCCUGCUUCUAGUCCCUGAGCACUGGGUUUUCCUGAGAAUGAGAGCUGCACCCCUGUUGAAGAAGGCAUUUAAGGGGAGCUGUCUGUAUCUGACUCUGUGUUUCAUAUUUGGAUCCUCACAAAGAUUUUCUAUUUGCACAAAACUUUGAUCUUAACAGUCAAACCACUGCCUAGAGCAGAAGCUGCCAAGUCAUGUUUCUUAGCACUACUGAAAGCCUGGUGGUUGUAUGCACUACUGUAACUUAGUUUUUUGUAUGUCAAAAAUGGGAAGUUGUUAUUUCUGAGUUAUCUUUUACUGUUUCCCUAAAAUACAUAUGGAAAUACAUUAAACUUUAGAUUGCCUCUGGCAAAAGGAUUAAAUGGUUAUUGGCAGAUGGAAACAGUACAGUAAUAACUCCACAGCAAAUUAUUAGUUAUGUUAGAAGCAAUUCUGUGGACCAUUUUGCUUUUUAUUAGUCUGUUUCAAACUAUCACAUAGUCCUCAGCCUAAACUUUUUGUCUUCUAUCUUUGAAUAAUGAAAGAGUCAAGGACUUGAAGGUGGAAAAAACCUUCAGGUUUUCUGUAGUUUAUUCAAGACACUGCAUGUAUGGUAGAGAGCCAUUAGAGGUGGGCUGACCACUUGGAAGAAAACAGAGCAAAACCCAAGAUGACCACAGUAGUUGCUUGGUCUUGACAUCCUCAGUUUCAUGUGACAAGAACUAAGAGCAUUUUGCUCAGUUCAAAAGAGCUGCUUUGGAUUUUGUUUGAUAUUUAAUUUUCUUAUUUAAGGAAGGGGCAUUUGGUUAUGAUUUUGGCAUAAUCGUCAUCUUAUAGAGAUUGGCUUUGUGGUAUUUAUUACUUCAUUUCCUAGCAAACAAAGUAAAUUUGUGAUAAAACUAAAAUAUUCACUAUUUUACUUACAUUGCAGAGUAAAAUGAAGCAUUUGAGGGAUAGUGGGGAAGAGCAGCAAUCUGUGUCUUUUGUUUUUUCUUGUAUACUUCAGUCUUACUUUGCUUUGUAUUAGUAUAAGUCAACUUGGUCUUUUCCCAGAAAUGUUCCUAGGGAGUUCCCAUUUGAUGAGAAACUGAUGGAGAUGAGGAAAAAAAAAAAUCCCCAGCUCGUAGGUUAGACUCUGGGGGUAUCAGCGGCUGGAUGCUUCCAAGUAUUUGUCAGUCUGUGGCAAGACAACUCUCCCCACCCAAUCUUUCUUCUGCAGCAACUUCCUCUUCCAAGGGAUGGGUUUCUUCACGCAGCCACCAACUCAGGAGCAAAGGGAAGAAGCUAGCAAUGCAGGUUGUUGGGGUAGUUCUUGUUACAGCCGAUAUUUUUGCACUAAUCUUCUGUGCCAGCUAGCAGAGCGUUAUCCCCAACAGCCGAAGCGGUGGGUUGCGUUUUGCAAAACCAAAACACCAGCGACAGGUCAAAGCAGAGAGGCUUUUGAAGACCUCUCGCACCCAACGUUGAGCGUAUGGGAGUGAGCUGGCCCCUCUCGGGCUUGGGGGUUGUGCACUGUGCGUUCAGCAUCGCCACGUUGCCCUAAACCUGUUUAAAAAAAAAAAAAAACAGAUAUGCCACUUGAAUCUCUGGCUGCCUCUGGAGGCUCCCGUCUGGAGAGGGGAGUCUGGGGAAGGUCCCUGGGCAGGGAGGCCACAGAGGCGUUGGCGUGUGGCAUGACUGCAGGGACACGGGCUCUUUGCGGAUUCGUUUAAUCAUAGGUGUUACUGCUUUAUGGGUUCUUGCCAUUUCUGUGGUCAUUUCCGCUUAUUUACGUGUUAUAUAAACUGGGGGGAAGAGAACCGAACCGCACUCCUUUAUUAGAGGAGCAAAAUUUGCAGGCAAGAAAGUGUGUUUGAUAAUUUAGUAUAAACAAGAGAGAACAAAACUUUUCUUGAUUUUGACUUUUCUAGUUUAAGGCCUGAGGACUUUCAAAGAAGAGUUGGCAGCUGCAUUUUAAUAUUCAGACAGUAAGCUCUCAUCAUGAUAAGAUGUCAGUCCUCUUCAAAAAAAGUGUUACAGUGCUUAUGUUCCAAAACAGAGGGUAAUCAAAAUGUUAAAACCAGAAAUCUGAUUCUCCAUUUGUAAGAUUUGGUGAUACUAAAUUUGCAAAAAUAUUUGUGAGUUCAGUGAAAUAACUCAAAGAAGAAAAAGUGAGGUUUUCUGGAUUUUAAGAGGGUUUUUUUGCAUGUAGUGUGAUAUAUAUAUUAUAGAUGGCCAUCCUUUUCUUGUUUAUGAUUUCCUUCAAGCAUAUAUAGAAAAUAAGUUCUAUAAACGUAUCUGUCCAGAAAGUCAUCUUUUCUUUUUUGGUAUGCUCUUUUUGCACUCCCAUGAACUAAAAAAGAAAAAGAAAGAAAAGUCUUUUGAAACUGACUGGUUUCUGCAUUUUGGAAAUACCUAUUGUCUUCAUUAAAAAUUUUGUCUUCAUUAACCCUUGUUUAUUAAUAACAAUGCUUAUGGACGGUGAGGAAAAUGGAGGGGAAAAAGAAGGAUGAAAUUGAUGAAAUUAAUGUGUUUUCUAUCAGUCUGUCUUUCUAUUGGAAGUUGGGGGAAGAAAGUGAGCUUGAGAAUUUAGACACUGUCUUACCCCAGGCUAAUUGUUUACCAUUAAAAGGGAACUUGCAUGCAGGAGGGAGUGUUAUGUUUUGG